AAAUUCUUUUGGAGCAAUUCAGUGGGCAAUUCUAGCAAAUAUUGGGUGACUUGGACAGCUUUAUGUUAUCUUCGGGAGGAAGGUGGAAUGGGUUUCAAGAGCUUGCAAGAUGUCUCUAAGGCUUUGUUCUCAAAACUUUGGUGGAAUUUUAGGACCAAACAAUCAUUAUGGAGGAUGUAUAUGAGUAACAAAUACCUUAAAAAAGAACAUGCAGUGACUGUUCAGUGGAAAAGAGGGACAUAUAUUUGGAGGAAACUGAUCCAGUGCAGAGACAUAGUAGAAAAGGAGAUUUGGUGGCAAGUGAAACAAGGACUACAUUUGCAAGAGAAAACAAGAACCCAAGAUUUUUCAAUAAUACAAAUAGCCUGUACAAUCAUACAAGUGGGUUACAAGAGAGUAAUUUGCACUUGGACCAGUUCAAUAAAAGUGAUUCGGUGUGUGGUAUUAGCGUCGUAUGAUGCUCAACCUAUUGAAUCAUUGAUAUUGAGCUACCAAAUGCAAAAAUACUCUGAAAAAAGACUCAAACCAGUGAAACAACAACAGUUAUAGGCAUCAUACAAAAUGGA